AGACUCCCUCAAAAUACAAGAAAACCAGGAAACAAAAAUGUCCAAUUCCAAAAGCUGUAGAGGUAUCUUCAAAUGCUCCAAUACGAAACCAUGAAAUUGGAUGCCGCCCAACGGAGAUCAAAAUGGGACGCCACAUGGAGAUGGUCUGAACAUCGUCACCAAAGGAGAGACGGAUGGUUUCAGAGACCAAAACACACGAGCGAUUUCAAUUGCGAAUAUUGGGGAAGGGACAGAGACAGAGAUUACAAAGGCAAUUACUGGGGUAAGAGUAUCAGAGGACCGGUGAUUAGAGAAGAGGGGUUGGUCGCGAUUAACAUUGAAAGCAAGGAAUUCAUUAUCAAAGCUACAGAUUCCAUCACUAUCUCCGAGAGAAAGAAUGGUAAGAGCCACAAAAUUUCAAUCUCUAAGUCUUCUGCAAUUUGGUUAGCUGAAACCUUAAACCACCCUCCUCUGGCGAGGGUUGGGUGGUCUGUAUCAAGAUUUGAGGGUUCUUUCGUAACUAAAUUUCAAUGGGAUUCCAAUAGAUAUGGGAACUAUGUUAGAUUAACUGCAGCACAAGAAGGUAGGGUCGGAAAUAUCUUCAUACCUACAGGACCCAACUCAGAAGGCAUUUUUCUCUUUGUCAAAGCCAUCACUGAUGCUGUAAAUCUCAGAGGGGAUAAUGCAUACAUCCCAGGAGAAGAAAGGGUUGACAAGGAAGUAAAAGGGUGUGAGGAACCUUCUAGAAUGCAAAAAAAGUAUGGAGAAAAGGAAGAUAAAACAGAAGAAGGAAUAACUGGAAAAGGAGAAGAAAUGGAAAUGAGGAAGCCUUCUAUUUCUUCCGAGCUAUUUGACUUAGAUAUUCAGGAAGCAACUUUGAUAGGGGACGGCUCAGAUAAGGGUCAGAAAUCCAUUCCAGAACAGCAACAAGAGGGCAGAGAAGAAGACCCAACUGAAAAGCUUUUCCUACCAGUCUUCCAAGCUGCGGAGAACCAAAUAAAAGAGGCGUAGGCAAAGAAAGAGUUAUUAGAUAAUCUCAAAAAGGGUUUGCUACACAAUCAACAUGGAAAAGCUUUGAGGGCAACAAGGGAAACUAUUAAAAGCAUGGAGAUGGUCACCAUGGUUAACUUUGAAGGUGCCAAUUAUCCCGUAUUCAUUUCAUACUCCAGUGCAGAUAAGGAAACUGUGGCAGAAUUCCUAUCAGGUGAAGCACAAGAGAAUUAAAAUAACUUUUAGGAGUUGAAUCAUAUCUGGUGGAAUAAUUUUGGGAUCAUAUUAUUAUGAGCGAUGCUUGCUUUUAAUUCCUUUUGAAGAAUCCCAUGAAUUAAAUGGUAGUGUGGGUU